AUGUCUUUCCUCAGGUCCACCGCCCUCCGCGCGUCCUCUGUCGCGCGCGCCGCCCGCCCGGCCGUCCGCGCUGCCCAGCCUCUUCGCCAGAGCAUCCAGCGCAGGACAUAUGCCAGCGGCCACGGCCACGGCGAGGCCAAGAGCAGCGACGUCCCAUGGAUUGCCGCAUCUGUUGCCGGAACUGCCGGUGGUCUCUACCUCGUCUUCACCCAGGACUUCGGUCACGGCGCUCACGACGAUCACGCUGAGCACGCGCACGCCGAGAAGCAUGAGGAUGCCGAGGAGGAGCCACCCGCUGCCGAAGAAGAGGAGUCCGAGUCCAAGCCUGAGUCCACUGAUCAAACCAACGUCGACGCGCCCAAGGUGGAGAAGUCUGACGCCAACGAGGACGACGCAAGCAAGGAUGAUGCCGAAAAGGGCGACGGCCAGGACGACUCCAGCAAGCACUCCGAGUCCCGCGAGAAGGCUGCCGAGGACAAGAAGAAGGAGCACAAGGAGUCCAAGGCGCAGGCCAGCCAAGAGAAGUCCGACGACGAGUCCGACCCUUCUCCCGACAAGUCCGAUAAGGCCUCUCCCCGCAAGGAGCCCAAGAGCUUCAACGAGACGUCCGGCAAGCAGCAGGGCCUGUCCAACGACGACACCCACCACAGCACGGACAUCUCCAACAAUGAAGAGAAGUCGAAGAAGGGCGAGGGUGUUGCUGAGACCGCUAAGCUCAAGGGCACUGUCUCCACCGACCGACCUGGUGCUGAGAACAAGGAGGAGCGCGGCAAGUCCCAGAUUGACAAGGACGCGUAA